AUGGCCGCCGAACGCACAAACGUCUCCAACGACCUGGUCUGGCAGAUCACCCGUAACCAGAACUCUUAUCUGGUUCGCCGCAACGCCGGUGGUGGUUCCCAGUUCUCUCGGGACCCUCUUAACUUGCAGAACAAGCACUCCUUCAAGUAUGCCGGUUAUGCCAACAACAAGGCCAUCGGUGUUCAGUCCGAUGAGAACGGCGGUGUUACCGUGACCACCAAGAAGGCCGGUACUCCCCAGCAACCCGGAAAGACCUUCGUUACCGUGAACUACGGCCCCAAGACCUCCACCCGCAAGAUCUACAAGGGUGUCGCCGACCAAACCGCCCAGAACGGUUACCGUGCCGACCUUCGCGAGGAGGCCGUUGCCCGUGUCAGUGCUGUUCGCCGCUCUCAGCAGCCCAAGAAGGACACCCCUGCUAAGCAGCCCCGUGGUGUCAAGGCCCGCAAGGCUGCCGAGAAGGACUCCGAGUAA